GACGCGAGCGAGCGAGCGUCACGCGCACGCCGGACUACCCCUCCGCGCGCGCGUCGGACCCGCGCGCGCGCGUCGACGAGGCGGUCGCGUCUCGAGGGCGCGCGCGCUCGGGGCGCGACCGGGGGGCGACCGAAGCGCGCGAAGCCCCGCCCCGCCGCGAUGUCGUUCAAGCAGCAGGCGUCGUUCAAGAACCCGAUGUUCGCCGGGCCGGACUCAGAGGACGACGACGACGCGGAGCGGUACGACUACGACGAGCGCGGCGGAAGAGGCGGGCAGAGCAGCGGCGACGAUCGAUUCGACGACGACGCGCCCCCGCCGCGGUUCGGGCUCGCGCCUCCCGCGGGCGGCUUCGUCGAGAUGAACGCGCCCGCGCCGUCCGCGCCCGCGUUCCCGUCGAAGGGCGGCGGCGGAAUGGGCGGCGGAAUGGGCGGCGGCGCGGACGUCGCGGAGAUGGAGGGCGGCGGCGAGGACCCCGCGGUGGCGCACGGCGUCGUCUCCGCGCUGUACGCAAAGUACAAGAAGAAUUACGCGCGGCGGACGGAUUACGUCUCUCUGUUUUCGUUCGUCGUCUUCGUCGGGUUUUACCUCGCCAUCUUGUUCAUGCAGCGACAGGCGGAGGAGGCGUACUCGCUCACGUCCACGCUGAAGAGUGAGAUGAUCCCGGAGAAGCUGGAGCUGCAGAGCGGUAACGAAGUGCGCCAGUGGAUCAGCGCGUUCGUGAAGAAGUCGUGGACGGAUCCCAGAUGCGGCGACGGCAGAUGCGAGAUGCCGUUCGAGUACCCGGAGUACGGCCGGUUCGGGUGCAAGGCGGACUGCGACUUGCUCACGGUGAAGGCCAAGGUGACGCCGAUACAGGUGGACGUGUACUACAACUUUUCGCACCCGAAGGGUUCGGUGUCGCCGAUCGAUCUCAUGAACGACGCGUCGUGGAACCUGUGUCCGAUGGAGGUGGACGACGUCCUCGGGGGGACGAAUAAGAUCUACCACGGCGCGGACUGCUACUACGAGAAGGACCAAAAGUUCGACACGCAGGUUGGGCACCAGAGCAGGGUGAUCGAGGACGUCCCGGAUGGGGAGUGGACCAUCGUCGUCAAGAAGGACAUCUUCAAAAAAGUCGGCGGCGCCGUGCGCGUCCGCGCCAACGUCGUCAAAGAGGCGGACAACAAGCGCCUCCUGCUCGCGUCGCACUACGCGCAACUGCGGCGUAAGACGGAGCUCGCGGCGUACGACGCGACGCUCACGACGUUGGGGAAGUCGAACCAGACGCUGGCGCUCGAGUACCUCGAGAAGUUGUACCUGGCGGAAAACACGACCAUCUACGCGCGAAACGACGCCGGCCUCGCUGGGAACAAGACGGCGAACGAGGCGGCGUGGGCGCUGAAUAAGACGCUGGUGAACGGCGCGUACGAGGCCGCGGGGUACUGCGUCGCGAACUCGGUGCGGCUGAGGACGGCGAUGGCGACGGGCGGGACGUACGCGAAUUGGUACGACCACUCAAAGUUCACGACGCAGUGCACAACCCCGAACGGCGCCUCCGGCUGCGUGUGGAACGAACGCGGGCACAUAAAAGUCUUAGUCGGCGGCGCGUACGUCAACAAGAACCCCGCGUGCACGUGCAACGCGGGACCGCCGAUCUCGUGCCAGUGUUACAGCGGUUUAACCCCCACCGGCGGCGCGGCGGCGGUGUCCUCCGCCGACGCCAAGGACAUCGCGUGCGUGGAGACGUUUCGGUGGAUCGAUCAGCUGUGGGUCACGACGCUCGCGCAGCUGUGGACGGACACGAACAACGUCGUGACGACGACGAAGGCUACCGCGGACGCGGAGUUCGCGUCCGUCCUCCUCGCGCUGCAGACGCAGUCGCCGGUGACGCACUACGAGAUCAAUAAGAUGGUGGGCACCAACGCGCAAGACUUGAAGACGGCGUCGCUCAACGUGCUCAAAGACGCGGACGUCCUCAAGGAACACAACGCCGACGCGACGCACGCGGCGGUGAUCGCCGCGCGCUCGUCCUCGACGCCGUAUUGGGAACAGCUCCGGGAUAUCAUAACCCCUCGUCGUAACUCGUUACAGAACGUCCAGAAGUCGACGCCGAUUUACCCGUCCCCGGUGACGUCGGCGUUUACGUUCACCGCCAACGCCGCGGCGGUGGGAUACGUCCGGGCCAAUUACCCCGGGUACGGCCUCACCGACGUCUUGACUCUGUCGCUGAAGGAGUGGAACCCCUCGGUGUUGCUGCGACAGGAUUACGCGUUCACGCAGUGCGAGCUCCCGUCGCGUCUGCCGGAGGUUGUCGGCGCGUGUAAGACGCCCGCGAGCGUGACGACGCCGACGGUGGCGAAUCCCGCGAACACCGCGCAGAUGCAGCCGUUUCUGCAGCAGACGCGGUUCCAAAAGCUCUGCGACGCGGUGUGCGACUGCGCGGUCGCGACGAACGGCGCCGGGUGCGCGGCCGGGUCGCACUGCGUCUGCCCGGUGUGCUCGGUCACGAAUCAGUUCGCCAACGUCAUCUAUCCGACGGGGUACACGGGUCGGAGGAAGCUCCUCGAACACGAGUACGUGGACGCGGGCGACGUCGGCGACGUCGCCGCCGCGCCGAAGUACGACUUCACGGCGCCGUACCGCCGGCGACUGCAGGCGGCGACACUGGACAGCAUUCAGACCGCCAUCUCCACGCUGACCACGAAGCAGACGUCCCUCGACACGGCCAUCACGACGAUUCAGACGACGCAAACCAACGCCAACGUGCAAGCCAACGCGCACCACGCGGACACCGCGCUCGACACGCUCAUCACGCGAGGGUUCACGGACGUGAACAACGCGAACGCGGCGCUGCAGACGACGAUGAACACGAUCCUGUCGAAGCAGCAGCUCGCGUUGGAUAAGGUUACGGAGUCGCUCGCGAUUCAGCAGAGGACGGAGACGCUGGCGGCAAAGGGCGUCGCGCAGAUUGAAAAGCUAGCGCUCGCGGUGGAGAAGCAGACGGCGUCCAUCAGCGCCGCGUGGGCCGCGGGCGCGUUCACGAGCAUCGACCAAUACGUCCAGAUUCAAGAGAACGCGGUGGUGACGAGAGAGGUGACGGCGAAGACGAACUCGCUGUCCAACUCGCCGUGCACGACGCAGGAGCAGUUUAACAACUUCGAGCUGGACAACCACGAAAACGUGUACGCCAAGGACGCGUUCCGCGAGCGGUACAUCGGCUUGAAUAACCGCGUCAUCGCGGGGAUGUUGAUUUACACGAAGCGCAAGAACUUGGUCAAGUGCGACAGCAACCGGUUCGAGAAGAUCGACGACGCGUGCUCGGAGGGCCGCGACGUUUCCUCCUACGGCGUCGACCCCGUCUUCAAGCUCGGCACGCCCAUGUACAAGCCGACGUACGAUAACAAGCCCACGGUGACCAAGGUGUACAACUGCUCGGAGCUGAACAACCCGAGCGAGGGGAUCUCGCCGACGUAUAACCCCCCCGGGAGCACGGACGGGAACAAGUACCCGUACUGCAAGGAGCUGUUCAACCCUCGCGACAUCCCGUACGGAUUCCGCGUCAAGAGCAUUCCGGGAUACGCGGAUGGGUUUCCGUACAUUUUCGACAUCAACCUGAGCGCCAAGGAGGCGGAGACGUGGGUCGAUUACAUGGAGUACGGGCUCAUGAUCGACGACGUGAAAACCGACGUGGUCUCCGCGCAGGUGGUGGUGUACAACGCCGAGCUCGGGUAUUUCGGCAACGUCGUCGUGUACUUUGAGUUCACCGACGGCGGCAAGAUCGAGGUGACGUACGGCAUCGACACGAUCAAGGUGGAGCUCUACGAGACGAUCCAGGACUGGAUACGGCUGGCGAUGGAGUGCCUCCUCGCGAUCGGCGCCGCGCACUCCGUGUACGCGGAGAUCAUGGACUUCAUGGACUCGAAGAAGACGCGCGGGUCGUAUCUCGCGUACUUUCAGAGCGCGUGGAACUACGUGGACAUCGUGUCCAUCUUCGUCCACGUUUUGACGAUUUUCAUGUGGUUUUCGUACGCGUGGGCGAUGGCGACGGCGUUCGCUCCGUCGAUCCACUACAAAAUCUACAAAAACCUCGCCGCGAGCGCGCACAUCACCAACCUGAAGGUGCCGAACGAGAUGGACGAGAUGGCGUCCAUGUUCUUGGAGAUGAAGAGCCUCGUGACGUACUUCCAGAUGUACAUGACGCUGUCGGGAAUCAACAUAAUCUUGAUGCUCGGUAGGAUCUUGAAGCUGAUGGACUUCCAGCCGAGGCUCGGCGUCAUCACGCGCACGCUCGCGCUCGCGACCGCGGACUUGGCGCACUUCUUCGUCAUCUUCGCGUUGGUCUUCGUCGGGUACGCGUUCAUCGGGCACGUCAUCUUCGGCUACGCGUCGGAGCACUUCUCGGACAUGACGUCGUCCAUCAACUCGCUCUUCAUGAACCUCCUCGGCGACAUCACGUACUUCAUGGAGGAUUUGAAGAACCUCACCGGCAUGAUCUUCUGGGUCGGGAUGAUUUACUUCUACACGUACAACAUCUUCGUGUUCAUGAUAUUGUUCAACUUUCUCCUCGCCAUCAUCUGCGACGCGUUCGGCGAGGUGAAGGCGAACGCCAGCGAGGCGGUGUCGGUCACCGCGGAGAUUGGACCGAUGCUCCGCGACAAGUGGCGGUCCGUGUGGCGGCCGCUGUUUUACCGCGACCACAUCCCGGAGGAGCGCGUGCGGCGGCAGCUGCGGAUAUGGAAGGGCGAGGACCCGGACGAGCCGGAGUACGAGGAGGACCGCCGGCCGAAGGAGCGCGUCUUCACCUACGCCAACGGCGAGAAGGAGCUGGACGCCGCCGGGUUGAAGCGCGUGCUGCGGCGAUGCGUCAUCGAGACGUAUCAAAACUCGGACAAGACGUUCAACACGUAUCUGCUGCGUCCGAACGGCGUGGGGAGCUCGAAAGCGCUCGCGACCGCGGCGGAGAUCGAUCAGGCGGCGGCGAUGCUGAUGCGACAGGUUGGGCACAGGCCCAAGAGGGGCCCGGACGGCGAGGGCGGCGUCGGGCACGAGAACGAGGUGCAGACGUUGCAGCGGAGCUUGGAGCGUCUGAUCAAGUCGCAGCAGAAGCUCGUGGAGGGGCAGGUGAAGGUGAUCGACGGGCAGUCGAAGAUGGCGUCGCGGCAGGAGCGGCUGAGCGACUUGGAGCACAAGAUUUUGGGCGUUCUGGAGAAGCCGCCAGGCUCGAAGUAGGGCCGGGCCGCCCGGGGCUGCGUUCGUCGUCGUCGCUGAACUUAACCUUAUUUUUAUUUCUAUCGCGCAAAUAUUAGUUCAACCA